AUGAGUGACGAUGAGGCCAGACACGAUGACUGCAUCAGUAGAGAGGAAUCGGCGAAACACAGAGGAAAAGAGUCGGCACUGUCAGAUAUAGGCGCCGAUUAUAUGCGUGUAAAUGGGACGAUCGGCCCGUUUAAGCAAUUACAAAAACCAUGUUCCUUGCAAUCGCUGCCAACUUCGUCUAAAAUGAGCUAUACUUCGACGGAGGAGGCAGGCGUUGCACUUGUAGGAAGCGGGAGUGAAUACCAAAAAUAUACUGAAGACAAAACGCAAAAUAAAGCGCGACAGAAAAAUGUCGGGUAUCGGUUAGGAAAACGGAAGGAACUUUAUGAAAAAAGGAAGAAGAUUUCUGAUUACUGUUUAGUGUUCAGUAUGUUUGGAAUAUGUGUGAUGGUCUUGGAAACGGAGUUAUCCAUGGCAGAGGUGUACACGAAGUCAAGUUUUUAUUCCAUAGCACUGCGAUCUUUAAUCUCCAUAUCAACUGUGAUAUUAUUAGGUUUAAUAUUAGCAUAUCAUGCUCUAGAAGUUCAGUUAUUUGCUGUAGAUAAUUGUGUAGAAGAUUGGAGAAUCGCCAUUUCUGUGAAGCGAGGUGUUCAGGUAUUUGUAGAAAUUGCAGUUUGUGCUAUUCAUCCUAUUCCUGGUGAUUUUACAUUUACAUGGACAACGCCACAAACUGAAAAUCGCCAUCCAAUUUCCAGUGUGGUUCCAGUUGACGUUGUUCUUUCCAUCCCAAUGUUUUUACGACUGUAUUUAAUAUGUCGUGUGAUGUUACUUCAUAGUAAACUCUUCACUGAUGCCUCGUCCAGGAGUAUAGGGGCUUUAAACAGAAUUCACUUUGAUACAAGAUUUGUGUUAAAAACUUUAAUGACAAUAUGUCCCGGGACUAUACUAUUAGUAUUUAUGCUGACUCUGUGGAUUAUUGCAAGUUGGCUGCUUCGUGCCUGUGAAAGUUAUCAUGAUGAGAAUCAUGCUAAUAUAUUAAAUUCUAUGUGGAUGAUAGCUAUUACGUUUUUAUCAAUUGGUUAUGGUGAUAUUGUACCUAAUACAUAUUGUGGACGUGGUAUAGCUAUAGGUACUGGUGUAAUGGGUGCUGGUUGUACAGCUCUUGUUGUUGCAGUUAUAGCUCGAAAAUUAGAGCUCAGUCGAGCUGAAAAACAUGUUCAUAAUUUUAUGAUGGACACGCAGUUGCAAAAAAGGUUAAAAAAUGCUGCAGCUAAUGUUUUACGAGAAACAUGGUUAAUUUAUAAAUAUACAAAAUUAGUUCAGAAAGUCCAUGCUGGUAGAGUUCGUGCUCAUCAGAGAAAAUUUUUACAAGCAAUACACAGGCAAGUCAUUAUGAAAAUGGAUCAACGAAAAUUAACUGAAAAUCAAAGUACUUUAAUAGACAUGGCCAAAACUCAAGUUAAUAUUCAAGAGUUAGUUGGUGAAAUGCAUUCAAAUCAAUACCAAAUGGAAAAGAGGGUUUCUAAAAUAGAAGAUUCUCUUGGUGCACUGCAGCACCAAUUGCAAAUUUUACCAUCCAUGAUAGCUCAAACAAUAGCGCUCCAAAAUGAACCAUUUAAAAUACGACCCUUAUCAGGUGGGUCAGCUCCUUCAACAAGCCGGUUCUCACCUACAAGAUUAUCACCAACCAGACGGCGUAAACCAUUCACCAACCCACUUCAUCCCACUGUCACCAAAGGUUCCAGCGAAAUAUAA